GUAUAUUGACUUUGAUGAGAGAGCUUGCUCAGAGAAGUAGUCAAGAAAGCAACAUACUGAAAACACAGCCAUGAAUCUGACAAGAAAGCAUUGUUUUGAUUGCAUACAUGGAGAUCAACAUCCACUGGCCAUGUCCUGGGUGACAAGUUAGAAAAGACGAAACACCAAUUUGUCUCCUUUACACUCAUUUCUGUUCUGAGAAUCUAGAGGGGAUUUUGGUGGCACUGGGAAUGCAACCGUGGAGAAGUGAAACAAGAACUUCGCUUCCAAGGAGGAUGCAUCCUGGCUUGGAGACUUGAGCUGGAAAACAGUUGGCCUCUAUCAUGGAUGCUAAAAGCGAUAAUAACGGUACAUUCUGUCUUGAUCUUUUAAAGACUGAACGAAUUUGGAGGGAGGAAAAUGACUUUGCCUAGGGAUGGCUGUGACACCAUCAGGAUUACAGUGAAGAGCUGGACAGAAGGGUCCAAUUGUAGCAUGCUCCCUUUAAGAGGGAAACAAGAUUAGCAACCUUGGCAAAUUUUCGGCUUCUAUUCAGAGGGAAAGAGAAGAGUUUCCAGUGUCCAAAAAAAAAAAAAAAAAAAAAAAAAAAAAAAGAGAGAGAGAGACACAGACAGGAAGAAAGAAAGAAAAGAAUAAAAAAGAAUGGAUGUUUUGAAACAAAGGCAGAAGCAAUUUUAUACUUCACUGAAAGCUCACCUGGGAGUGGUUUUAACUCCUCUGGGGUUAAGGAAGAUUUUUUUUUUUACCUCUCAAGACCAAAGGUGGAGCUAGGGUAAAGGAACCGAAUCUGAAAUAGCGUCCCCGUCAGUUCUGUUCUGUCCUGGGAAGCACACAAGGAAGAAAAAUCUCCGUGGAAGAGAGAGGAGGCUACAAGUGAUGAAGGUUUUAUGUGAAAACCCAAACGAACCAAGAGCGCCACACCUAGAACGACUGUGACUGCAGAGGUCAGCCGGAGUGACCCAGAGGGCCGGGGGGAGAAUGAGCUAUUACGGCAGCAGCUAUCGGGUCGUGAAUGUGGACCCCAAGCUCCCAGGCUGCCCCCCGGGGCACAUCACUGCAGAGAAGAGAAGAGCCAGACGGCGUCUGCUGCACAAGGAUGGCAGCUGCAACGUCUACUUCAAGCACAUUUUUGGAGAGUGGGGGAGCUACGUGGUUGACAUUUUCACCACUCUCGUUGACACCAAGUGGCGCCAUAUGUUUGUGAUAUUUUCCUUGUCUUACAUCCUCUCCUGGCUGGUGUUUGGCUCCAUUUUUUGGCUCGUAGCCCUUCAUCACGGAGAUCUGUCCAACGACCCUGGCGUCACGCCUUGUGUCGACAACGUCCACUCCUUCACGGGGGCGUUCCUCUUCUCCCUGGAGACCCAGACCACCAUCGGUUACGGUUACCGCUGUGUCACCGAAGAAUGCUCUGUGGCCGUGCUCGUGGUGAUCCUUCAGUCCAUCCUAAGCUGCAUCAUAAACACCUUCAUCAUUGGUGCCGCCUUGGCCAAGAUGGCCACCGCCCGGAAGAGAGCCCAGACCAUUCGGUUCAGCUAUUUUGCCCUCAUCGGCAUGAGAGAUGGGAAGCUCUGCCUCAUGUGGCGCAUCGGUGAUUUCCGACCCAACCACGUGGUGGAAGGCACCGUUCGAGCCCAGCUUCUCCGCUACACAGAAGACGGUGAAAGGCGGAUGACCAUGGCAUUUAAGGACCUAAAAUUAGUCAAUGACCAGAUCAUCCUUGUCACGCCGGUCACGAUCGUUCAUGAGAUCGACCACGAGAGCCCGCUGUAUGCCCUCGACCGAAAAGCCGUGGCCAAAGACAACUUCGAGAUUUUGGUGACAUUUAUCUAUACUGGCGAUUCGACCGGGACUUCCCACCAAUCCAGAAGUUCCUACGUCCCGCGGGAAAUUCUCUGGGGCCACAGGUUCAAUGACGUCUUGGAAGUGAAGAGGAAGCACUACAAAGUCAACUGCCUGCAGUUUGAGGGCAGCGUGGAAGUCUACGCUCCCUUCUGCAGCGCCAAACAGUUGGACUGGAAAGACCAGCAGCUCCACAACAUGGAAAAAGCCCCGCCAGUCCAAGGAUCGGGCGUGCCAGACCCCAAGGUCAGAAGAAGGUCGCUGAGCGCAGUGGCCAUUGUGAGCAGCUGCGAAAACGCAGAGGAGACCACCCCAUCUGCCACAGAUGAGCGUAAGGAGGCACCUUAUCAGAAAGCCCUCCUGAGUUUAAAUACAAUCUCUGUAGAAUCCCAAAUGUAGCCCCAAGUCCCAGUUGCAGGGGCUGCCACUCAAUCAUUUUCACUCUCUAGCCAAAUCACCUUAAGGCGAGGAGCAGGCAGCAGGGCUUUUAAAGAAUGCCGUAGCUAUCUUUGAUGGGGAUGGGAGACAAACAGGGCUGGUCAAACUUGAUAAAAGAUAUCUAAAAAUCACGUAGUAGCCAAUUGUUUAAUUUUUUUUUUUUUCCGGCUAGCCAGUUUUGUGUUAGGGAUGUGAGUAGGAAGUCUAGUUGAUUCAUUUACGCUUCAUCUCCUUUUAUUAUUCCACACUCUUGUAUUGUCAGCUGGAGGUAUCGCAUUCAAUCAUGGGGAACUAAAGUAGGCUACUGGAAUAAAUAAAAAUAGAAAGACAGGAAAACAGCAUGCGUAAUAAAUUGUUUAAUGUAUCCAAAUUGGUAGUAUAAUGAGUGGUUGCCUAAAGAGACGACAUAGUAUAUAAUCAAGAUACACAGGCUGUGUAUUCAGUAGAUCGUGAUGUCGAGAUGUUUAACUAUGAAAUCCACGGACCAGUUCGAGUCACUCUGUUCACUCCUCAUCAUGUCUUGAUAUCUGCUGGCAGAGGUAGAGGCUGUAAGAAAUAAACAGUGCCACCAAUUCAGGCAGUUCCUCCCCUGCCACUUGCCCAGGUCCUGAUCUAGGAGCGCUGGAAGCUCUUGUCUCUCUCACCCAGGAGGCAGAAGGCAGGGUUGGCGUUAUUAUUCAGAGAGGUGCUUCCCUCUUUAAUGCCCUGCUUGACUCCAGCAAAUGGCUUUAUGCAGAGGAGCAGAAGUAAGGUGAACAGGAGCUUGGUAAGGCCUGUGACAAGGGGGUGUCUACCCACCUCCCGCCACCUGCUCCGGGGACAAGGGGAAGGAACGGGCUCAGAGAGACAGGGUGAGGGAAUGGAUGGCGAUAAACCAUCCAUUUGGCUGCUACAGGAGGGAUGGAAUUUUGGGGGUUUUUUUUUGGCAGUAUAGGGGUUAAGAGGGUGGAGGAGGUAGGGAGGCUGUAAAGGGAAAGGUUAUUUAUUUGUGCCUAGAAGCAAUUAUGUAUGUUUCCUGUCUUGGUUACUUUAGAAAACAUAAAUAACUUGAAUGGUGGAUUUUGAAAAACUCUUCCAUUGAACUUGGAGUCAUUUAAAUAAAAGAUUUGGUGAAAUGUAA